GCGGGGGCGCGUGCAAGUGCCACUGUGGUGAUGGCCACGGCGCCGACCAUUUGCGAAUCCGCCAACGACCCAAGAGGACGAGCAUGUCGACGAUGGUGCUGGCGUCGCCUGCGAUCUCGAGUCGCACGUACGCCGGCGAGUACGACGGGCCCGAGCACAUCAUCCAGUACAUUUGGUGCGGCGAGAGCCUCGGCCUCGAGCUGCACCGCGACGAAGCCACGACGCCGAUCGUCCGGCACGAGUGGCGCCAAGGACCCAUGGGCCUCAUUCUCGGCCUCGAGUACUUCUCCAAGCAAGUGAUCGUCAAGCGUGUAGUGGACAAGAGCCUCCCGGUCAAGUCGGGCUGCGUCCUCUUGCGUGUCAAUGGCGCGACUGUGACGCCCGAAAACCACAACGAGCUCACGAUGCUCAUGCACAACGGCCAUCAGAGCGGCGCGACGCAAGUGCUCGAGUUUGCGCAGUGCCCCAAGCCCGUCAUGGUCCGCAGCAUUCACCCCGGCGGGUCCCUCGAGCAAGCCGGAGUCUCGGACGCCUACGAGCUCCACUCGAUCAACAACAUUCACACGGUCUACCUCAGCAUGGCGCGUAUCGAGUCGAUGCUAAAGGAGCCCACGAAGCCGUGCUACUUGACGUUCGCGCUCGCGAAGCAGCCGGCGACGCACCCGGGUGCCAUGGACGUGCUUGUGAUCUAAGCCGUUGCUAUUUAUUCG